AUGGCUGACAGUGCUCGAAAGCACCAGAUUGACCACGAAAAGCUUGACCCGGAAGCUGAGAGGGGCCGCAAGAGACCCCGCGGCGACGAUGAAGGUUACCAUGGCUUGGCCAUUCAUAACGGCCACCAGAAGCAACUCAGACACCAAGACUACAAGAUCGGAAUAAUUUGCGCCCUUGAACUUGAGAUGAGCGCCGUACGAUACAUGUUAGAUGACGAGCACAUUGGGCUGCGCGAAGUACAUGGUGAUCCAAACUCCUAUAUCGUCGGCACACUCAGUGGACAUAAUGUUGUGAUCACCUGCCUUCCUGAAAACCAAGGGAAAGGUGCUGCAGCAAUUGUUGCUACAAAUAUGGCACGCACUUUCCCGGGAAUCGAAUUGCGAUUGCUUGUUGGGAUUGGAGGAGGCGUGCCGAGUGAUAAGCAUGACAUUCGUUUAGGUGAUGUGGUCAUAGGCAUGCCUGAGGGCCUGCAUAGUGGAGUGAUUCAGUAUGACCUGGGGAAGGAUACAGGAGAUGGUUUUAUUCGCAAAGGGUAUCUGUCACCAGCACCUUCCGCUCUGAGGUCUGCAGUUGUAAGGAUGCAAUCGGAUCAUCGGACGACACCAAACAGGAUCAAUGGAUGCAAAAACUGUGACAGGGAAGGCAUGGCUCACCGAUUUUCACGCGAAUCUAGUGCACCUCAAAUCCAUUACGGAUUGAUUGCUUCUGGGGACAGAGUUAUGCGAAAUGCGAGGCGGACUCAUUUGAACGCGCAAUCCGACCUGGGUGAUGUGCUAUGCUUUGAAAUGGAAGCUGCUGGUAUUUUGACAGAGUUCCCCUGUCUUGUUAUCCGUGGUAUUUCUGACUAUGCCGACUCCCACAAAAACGACAUCUGGCAUCACUAUGCCGCCGCCUCUGCCGCGGGAUGUGCCAAAGAGCUGCUCUCUUAUCUGGGCUCUGGAUUUUCUCAGGACAAAACGGAACUUGACCACAGCAUCUCACCCGAUUAUGCUGCACCUGCGUCCGCUAAACCAGCCGGCAUCUCAUCUCGACACCGUGAUGAAGACAAUGCAUCGAUCAGCAAGGAAGAAAAGCAGAAAUUACUGGAGUCAUUGAGAUUUGACCAGAUUGAGUCUCGGAAGAGUAACAUCAAAAAUUCACACACAAGGACUUGCAAAUGGCUUUUGGGAAACCCCGAAUACUGUGGGUGGCUUGACAGCACCGAACUCAACGGCCAUCACGGUGUUUUGUGGAUAAAGGGAAAACCAGGAGCUGGAAAAUCAACACUUAUGAAAUUUGCUCUUGACAAUGCCCUCGAAAAGAUGAAGGACAAGACAGUUCUACACUUCUUCUUCAACGCACGAGGAGAGGAGUUGGAGAAGUCUACAAUCGGGAUGUAUCGAACUCUCUUGUGGCAACUUUUUAAAGAGAUUGACCCCCCAGCUAUAACAGCACGGUAUAAAGACAAGGGCUUCCAGUGGAAUGUGGUAUUGCUGCAAGAAGCUUUUAAAAAAGCAAUCCAGAACCUUGGACAGUCGGAUAUCAUGUGUUUUAUUGACGCACUCGAUGAAUGCGAGGAGAUGCAGAUCCGCGACAUGUUACGCUUUUUUGAGGACAUGGCAGAAUUGGCAGUCAAAGCUGGCAUUCGUUUUAAUGUCCUUUUUGCGAGCAGGCAUUACCCCCAUAUUACCAUCAAGAAAGGAUUGGAGCUCACCCUAGAAGGUCAAAAGGGACACAGCGAUGACAUCGUGACUUACGUGGAUAGCGAGCUGAAAAUCGGGGACAGUAACAUUACAACACAAAUCAAGAACGAAGUUCGACGAAAGGCAUCUGGAAUUUUUAUGUGGGUUGUUCUUGUCAUACAGAUUCUGAAUAAAGAGUAUGACCGUGGGCGUAUAAACACCCUUUGGCGGAAGCUCCAGGACAUUCCUGGCGACCUGCACGACUUAUUCCGCGAUAUUCUGACACGGGAUAAAGAUAACGGGAAUGAGCUCAUUUUGUGCAUUCAAUGGGUUCUGUUUGCAAGUCGACCUUUGACGCCGGUGGAAUUAUACUGCAUCCUUCUUUUCGAAACCGAUUGUAGUGCAACCAACGAGUGGAACCCUGAGAAUAUUACGGACGAAGCCAUGAAAAAGUAUAUCUUGGAUUGUUCCAAAGGACUUGCAGAAAUAACUGUUUCAAAACCAACUGUCCAAUUCAUCCAUGAGUCAGUGAGAGAUUUUCUCCUCAAGGAAAACUGGUUAUCUCAAAUUUGGCCCGAUCUAAGAGAUAACUUUGAAGGGCAGAGCCAUGAACAUCUAAAGAGGCGCUGCCUUGAAUACAUGACCAUGGAGAGCAUAUCCGACUUUCUGAAUCUUGACCAAGUUCCUUCAGGGGCCCGCAUGUGGAAAAUGCAUGGAAGCCCUUACGGAGCCGCCGCGGCAUUUCCGUUCCUCGAGUACGCGAUUUCGAAUGUUUUUGACCAUGCGGAGGCGGCAGCAAAGACUGGGAUUGUACAGAGCGCCUUUCUUGAGAGCUUUCAGAUCUCUUGGUGGAUUGCACUAAAUGUUUUUGAAGAUGAUAUGAUAUACCAAUAUGGCCCCUACACGAGCCUUCAGUAUGUUCUUGCGGACCGUGGCCUCCUAAGUCUCAUCGAAGCUUGCUCAUCUAGUCCGUCUUGGUUGGAAAAAGAAAAUGAAGAUGAGCGUGACCGGAACUCGCUAUUUUCGUGUCUUGCGAAUAAGAGCAAAGACACCCUUCAAGCAAUAAUGAGAGCAUAUGCGCGGAAUGGGCCUCCGGGGAGUAAGCUUCGCGAACUAUGCAAUCGCGCAUUACUUCUUGAGAAUCAGCGAGUUAACCCAGCUACUAACUAUGAGAGGUGCUGGUCACCAGUGUUAUCAGCAGUAGCGAAUGGUCACACAGAAAUUGCCAAAUUGCUUCUUAAUAACUGUCGGUUUCACCCAGAUAUGAAAGAUGAUAAGGGCUGGACGCCACUAUGCCACGCAGCAGUAUAUAACCACGCAGAAAUCGUCAAUUUACUUCUUGCUGAUCAGCGCGUUGACCCAAAUAUCACGGACAUUGACGGGCGAACACUGCUGUCGUGGGCAGCAGGGAAUGGCCACACGGAAAUCUUCAAGUUACUGUUCGCGGCUAAGCGUAUUGACCUAAAUACCCAGAGUGCUGAUGCACUUUCCUGGGCUGCAAGGAAUGGACGUGCAGAAGUUAUCGAGCUACUGCUUGGUAACGAACAUGUUAAAUCAUGUAUCAGGGACGAUGAAGAAAAAAUCAUACAGGAAGCAUGGUCUUACGGGAAGGAGAUUAUGACAUUAAUACUUGCUGAAAUGCGUGUUGGCCCAAAUAUUCAGACUCCGCAUGGCAUGACCCUAUUAUCAUGGGCAGCAUGGAAUGAUGACAGGGAUCAUAUGGAGCUGCUACUUAAAGAUCAGCGCGUUAACCCAAAUAUUCAGGAUAAGGAAGGUCGCUCAGCAUUGUUACUCGCAACAGAGAGACGUAGCGUGAAAACAUUACAGUUGUUACUCUCUGAUCCGCGAGUUGAUCAAACUAUGCAGGAUAAGGACGGGAAAACAGCACUGUCACUGGCAAAAGAGAUGGACGAUGAGGAACUGGUUGGCUUGUUGCAGUCUGCUUGUACAUAA